ACAAGUAACAAAACAAAGAACAAAUCAUGUCUUCUUGUUUCCUCUCCAUACCCACUUUAUGUCUUUCAAUAUUCCUGCUUCUUGUCAACCUUAAUGUUUCAGAAUCAUCAUCCAAGUUUAAGACCAAUAAGAAUGCCAUUGUUGUUGGCACUGUCUAUUGCGAUACUUGCUUCCAAGAUGUUUUCUCUCGCCCCACCAACUUCAUCUCAGGAGCUUUGGUCGCCGUAGAAUGUGGAGGCAGAGACAAAACGGAGGCGGAUUUCAGGCAAGAAGUGGAGACAGACGAACAUGGAGAAUUCAGAGUUCAACUCCCUCUCUACAUCAGCAAACAUCUCAAACGAAUCAAAGGAUGUUCAAUCAACCUCGUACGAAGUAGUGACCCUUAUUGCGCCGUCGCAUCAACCGCAACUUCAUCUUCAAUCCGUCUUAAGUCAACGAAAAAUCAUAUUUUCUCAGCCGGAUUCUUCACCUUCAAACCGUUAAAUCAACCGACUUUAUGUAGCCAGAAGCCAACAAAUCCAUUUCCAUCUAAAUUCGAUACUAGUUUUCCUCCUCCACUUGAAGAUCCAUCACCAGGUUCUUUUCUCUCUCCUCUUCUUGAUCCCAUUUUGCCUCCGGUGCUAAGUAACCUUCCGCAGCUGCCUCUGCUCCCACCACUUCUAGAAACUUCGAAAGUCUCGCCGGAAGUUCCAUCGGAGAAGAAGGUGGGUAGUACUGGUAAUACACUUCCAGAUUUCUUAAACCCUUCUUCGCCGCCGCCUUCUUUGUUUCCUUCAAACCCUUCUACACCUCCACUGAUCAACAUUCCGCCGUUGAUUCCGGGUCUGCUUCCAUCUUCACCAUCACCACCUCUUUUUACACUUCCACUAAUUCCAACAUUCCCGUUUCAACCUUCUCCUGUCUUCCCUGGAAUCCCACUAGCUUCUUCUUCUACUUCUUCCACAAAGAAGACAUCCUCCCCGUAAACUAAUGAAGUGUUUCAAUUUUAAUCCAUGUAUAAUAAAAUUAGUGUCAAUCUCAUCUUAAUUAUGUUCUUAUUUUUACCCUUUACUUAUAACUUUAUAACUCUCAU